AUGCCGGUGGUCAGUGGUCCAGGUCCCUUGUUCUGCCUUCUCCUCCUGCUCCUGGAACCCCACAGUCCUGAGACGGGGCGUCCUCCUCUGCACAGGUUUGAGUACAAGCUCAGCUUCAAAGGCCCAAGGCUGGCAUUGCCUGGGGCUGGAAUACCCUUCUGGAGCCAUCACGGAGACGCCAUCCUGGGCCUGGAGGAAGUGCGGCUGACGCCAUCCAUGAGGAACCGGAGUGGCGCCGUAUGGAGCAGGGCCUCUGUCCUCUUCUCUGCCUGGGAAGUAGAGGUGCAGAUGAGGGUGACGGGAUUGGGGCGCCGGGGAGCCCAGGGCAUGGUUGUGUGGUACACCCAAGGCAGGGGCCAUGUAGGCUCUGUCCUCGGGGGGCUGGCCUCAUGGGACGGCAUCGGGAUCUUCUUUGACUCCUCGGCAGAGGAUACUCAGAACAGUCCUGCCAUCCGUGUGCUGGCCAGCGAUGGGCACAUCCCCUCUGAGCAGCCUGGGUAUGGAGCCAGCCAAGUGCUGGGCUCCUGUCAUCGGGACUUCCGGAACCGGCCACACCCCUUCAGAGCACGGAUCACCUACUGGGGGCAGAGGCUGCGCGUGUCCUUGAACAGCGGCCUCACCCCCAGUGAUCCAGAUGAGUUCUGUGUGAAUGUGGGGCCCCUGCUUUUGGUCCCUGGAGGUUUCUUUGGGGUUUCAGCAGCCACCGGCACCCUGGCAGAUGAUCAUGAUGUCCUGUCCUUCCUGACUUUCAGCCUGAGUGAGCCCAGCCCAGAGGUUCCCCCUCAGCCCUUCCUGGAGAUGGAGCAGCUCCGUCUGGCGAGGCAGCUGGAAGGGCUGCGGGCAAGGCUGGGCCUGGGCACCAGGGAGGAUGUAACUCCAAAGUCAGGCUCUGAAGCUCAAGGGGAAGGGGAAAGGCUCUUUGACCUGGAGGAGAUGCUGGGCAGACACAGCCGGAUCCUUCAGGCUCUGCGGGGUCUCUCCGAGCAGCUGGCCCAGGCUGAGAGGCAAUGGAAGAAGCAGCUGGGGCCCCCAGGCCAAGCCAGGCCUGAUAGAGGCUGGGACUCUUCUAAGGUCGAUGCCCUGCUCCAUGGACAGAGGACCCUGCUCCAGGCCUUGCAAGAGAUGAGGGAUGCAGCUGUCCGCAUGGCCGCAGAAGCCCAGGUCUCCUACCUGCCUGUGGGCACCGAGCAUCAUUUCUUAGAGCUGGACCACAUCCUGGGCCUCCUGCAGAAGGAGCUUCAGGGCCCGGCGAAGGCAGCGGCCAAGGCCCCCCGCCCACCUGGCCAGCCCCCAAAGGCCUCCUCGUGCCUGCAUCCUGGCAUCUUCCUGUUCUUCCUCCUCAUUCAGACUGUAGGCUUCUUCAGCUACGUGCACUUCAGGCAGCAGCUGAACGAGAGCCGGCAGGAGUGUCUGUCCACAGGCAGCCUUCCUCUGGGUCCUGCACCACACACCCCCAGGGCCCCGGGGAUUCUCAGGAGGCAGCCUCUCCCUGCCAGCAUGCCUGCCUGACCCACCUCAGAGCCUGCUUUGCAUCACUGGGAAGUAGGCAGUGUCUGGGGUGGGUGCUUGGUCAGCAUCCUCUCCGUCUGGGUGCCCAGCUCCCACCCACA